GGAGAAUCUCUAAGAAGAACACGGAGAUGAACACAACUGAGAGGGUUUACCUUCCUUUUGAUGGCAUCCUCGACAUGUUCUCAAGUUCUGUAACCGGGCAUCACCAGACUCACAUUACGCACCUGGUCCUGAAGAGCGCAACUGUAAACCCUAAAGUCUCAAACCUAUCCAAGACGGGUAUGGGCAUCAUCAAAACGGUUAAAGCGCACUGGAAACAGCAGGACAAGAAAAAAGCAGAAGCAGCGAGUAGAUCUUCAAGUUCAGGCGUUCGGCAGCUAUCCAGAGACCGACUCCCCAAAAGCUCCGAGGAUCUGAUGGACCUGGGUCUGACCAAACGCAGGAACCAUCAAAGGAUAGUGGUUCUUGGCGCACCGAAAGUAGGCAAAACCAACAUCCUCAGGCGGUUCUUGGGGAAAGACUUUCAAGAACAUUAUGAACCCACGACUGAGGAGUUCCACAGAAAACUGUUCCACAUCGGAGGGGAGACGUACCAGGUGGAUCUGCUGGACGCCACCGGUGAGAGGGACUUCCCUGCCAAGCGGAGACUCUCCAUCCUAACAGGUGACAUCUUUCUGCUGGUCUUCAGUCUGGACAACAGAGAGUCCUUCCAGGAGGUCUGUGAUCUGCUCAACGAGAUAAAAACUGCAAAGACAAAGUUCCUGAAAUUAAAAACUCCCCCCAGAGUACCUGUGGUGGUCUGCGGGAAUAAACUAGAUCUGUGCGCGCAAAGAGCCGUCAGCCGAUUGGACGUGACGCAAACCCUCAGUGAGGAUGUCACGUUCAUCGAAACCUCCGCCAAGGACGACACCGGACUGGAAGACAUGUUCAAAGCCCUGGCCACUUUAGGAGGGCUACCCGAUGAGACCAGUCCGGCACGUCACGACACCGUCCCCAUCCUCACCUAUCGGUCUCUGUGCGUCAGUCAGCGUGGAAGGAGGGGGAGCCGGGGAGUCGGUGCGCCUUUUGCUGCCGUGGAUCCACUGGCGCGACGCCCGAGUUUCACCAGUGACCUGAGGCUCGUGCUUGGAUCAAGUACGAAAAACAACAAACUCGAGAGGUGUCAGAUUCAAUGAAUUAUGAACCUUUUCGAAAAACCAAUUGUGGUAGUAUGCUGCAAUGUCAUAUUAUGUCAGGAGUUAUACUCUGUAGCGCCUGGCUGGACCGGUGCGCUCAUAUUUUUUUGUAUUUAUUCGUGUUUAUGUAUCUGAAAAAAUGAAUAAAAUGAGUAUUUGUAAUU